GCGGAAGUGACGCCCCGCUCUGCCUCCCGCUCCCUCCCCUCCCGGCGGCGGCUCGGGAGCCGGGCGCGGCAGGCGGCGGCCCCGGGCGGGACCAUGGCGGACGGCGUGGACCACAUCGACAUCUACGCCGAUGUGGGCGAGGAGUUCAACCAGGAGGCUGAAUAUGGUGGACAUGAUCAGAUUGAUUUAUAUGAUGAUGUAAUUUCUCCAUCUGCAAAUAAUGGAGAUGCCCCAGAGGAUCGUGAUUACAUGGAUUCUCUCCCACCAUCGGUUGGGGAUGAUGUAGGUAAAGGAGCUGCACCAAAUGUUGUCUACACAUAUACUGGAAAGAGAAUUGCCUUGUACAUUGGAAAUCUUACUUGGUGGACAACAGAUGAAGACUUAACUGAAGCAGUUCAUUCACUGGGGGUAAAUGAUAUUUUGGAGAUAAAAUUUUUUGAAAAUCGUGCUAAUGGCCAGUCUAAAGGGUUUGCCCUUGUGGGUGUGGGAUCAGAAGCAUCCUCCAAAAAGUUGAUGGAUUUGUUGCCUAAAAGAGAAUUGCAUGGGCAGAAUCCUGUUGUAACUCCGUGUAAUAAACAAUUCCUGAGUCAAUUUGAAAUGCAGUCAAGGAAAACCACACAGUCUGGCCAGAUGUCUGGGGAAGGUAAAGCUGGUCCCCCAGGAGGAAGCUCACGAGCAGCAUUUCCACCUAGUAAUAGAGGUCGAGGCCGUUUUCCAGGUGCCAUUCCAGGUGGAGACAGAUUCCCUGGACCAGCAGGGCCAGGAGGUCCACCACCACCUUUCCCAGCUGGACAAACUCCCCCACGUCCACCUUUAGGUCCUCCUGGCCCACCAGGCCCACCAGGCCCUCCGCCUCCUGGUCAGGUCCUCCCACCUCCGUUAGCUGGACCUCCUAAUCGUGGUGACCGUCCACCACCACCAGUUCUGUUUCCAGGACAGCCUUUUGGUCAGCCUCCACUUGGGCCACUUCCUCCAGGCCCUCCACCACCAGUUCCAGGCUAUGGGCCACCACCAGGUCCACCACCACCUCAGCAGGGUCCACCUCCACCUCCGGGUCCAUUUCCCCCUCGUCCACCUGGCCCUCUUGGGCCACCCCUGACUCUUGCUCCUCCUCCACAUCUCCCUGGGCCACCUCCAGGUGCUCCACCACCGGCACCACAUGUGAAUCCAGCUUUCUUCCCCCCACCUGCCAAUAGUGGCAUACCUACUUCAGACAGUCGUGGCCCACCUCCAACAGAUCCAUAUGGCCGACCUCCACCAUAUGACAGAGGUGACUAUGGGCCACCUGGAAGGCGUUUCACUGGAAAUAACAUGUCCAUAAGAGAAAAAUUACAUAUUCCAUUCUAUGGGAGGCACACGAAAAAUAAUACUCAAAACUCAGGGAGAGAAAUGGAUGCUGCAAGGACACCUCUAAGUGAAGCAGAAUUUGAAGAAAUCAUGAAUAGAAAUAGGGCGAUCUCAAGCAGUGCCAUUUCGAGAGCUGUAUCAGAUGCCAGUGCUGGAGACUAUGGAAGUGCUAUAGAGACCUUGGUAACUGCAAUUUCCUUAAUCAAACAGUCCAAAGUAUCUGCAGAUGAUCGCUGUAAAGUACUUAUUAGCUCUCUUCAGGACUGCCUUCAUGGAAUUGAGUCCAAGUCUUAUGGUUCUGGAUCCAGAAGACGUGAACGAUCCAGAGAGAGGGACCACAGUAGGUCACGAGAAAAAAGUAGGCGCCACAAAUCACGUAGUAGAGAUCGUCAUGAUGACUAUUACCGGGAAAGAAGCCGUGAAAGAGAGAGGCAUCGUGAUCGUGACAGAGAUCGUGACAGAGAACGAGACAGAGAGAGAGAAUAUCGUCACCGUUAAAGCUGAAGGAAGAGGAACAGCGUGCAAGACAAGAUACAUUCUUCAAGGAAAGAUGCUUGUCCAGCAGUUUGCUUCAUGUGAUUGAACUGAGCCUGUAAGGAUUCAUGGAUAAAAUGAACAGGAAUAGAUCUGAAUAAAGCAAAUCUGCAUACAUGGUAACCAGUAGCUCUUUUACUUUUUUAUGUUGCUUAACUGUUUUAUUUGAGGGAAACCUGUGUGAUUUAAACCUUUAGCUUUUGCAACUUUAUUACUGGUUAUAUACAUUUGGCAAUUAUAAUGUGCAAACAAUUGAAAAAAGUCAAGUAAAUGCUUGUUUUUAUAGUAGUUUGUUCAUGUUAAACUGUUCAUAUGAUAAUGUCUGUACACAGCACCACUGAUUACCGUAGAUGUAGUGUUGUAAUAAACUGUUUAAUGGGGCUGAUGUGUAAAGCUGUUCAAGUUAUUUGAUGUUUACACCUCAGGGAAAGUCUUGUGUUCAGCAAUAUUUAAAGAUAAUGUUACAAUGAAAACAUUGAUGCUGUCUUCAAAAACAUUGCAAUAGUUCUUGCAUAUGCCUCAACCUAAUCUUGCAUUCAGCAAGUUAAACGUACUAAUGUUGCGCUCUCACACUCAAUUUUGAUAUGAAAAUAAGUGGUUACAUAAAACCUUUAAUACUAUUUUGCUUUCUAGCAGUGUUUACCUAGGUGGCUUGUGAAUUUGCUAAUUGACACAUAAAACUGUAAAAACUGCAGCACUCUGUGGUUGAUUGUUUUGAGGAGAGAUGGUCCCAAGUCUGUGAUUUUUAGCACACUGAAAAUUUUAUCUUUCAUACAGCCUUGAUCCUGAUUGACACUAAAGUUGAUAUAAACUUAAACUGUUCAUGUGAACUUAAACUGCCCAUAAUAAGGGGUAGAAAGGUUAGGUUUAAAAAAACAAAACAAAACCCUGCAGUUGUUUACAGUUUUAUAGUAAUAGUGCUUGUGUGUGUUCCCUCUCUACCCCCAAGGCCGUAGCAGUCUGUACAUAGUUGUAUAUUAGAAAUGUGCCAGAAGAAACAAGAUGUUACCAUUUUUAUGACUUUAUGGGUUUGGUAUUUUCUUAAUACUUUGGGGUUUAUUCACACAUGCAUAUAAAAGAGAAGGUACACUUGUAUGUCCUUGUUCACCGAUGGGCAAUAUUUAAAUGUCUUAGCAAAAAAUGACGCAGAUUAAAUUUGUCAGAUGAGGUUUUGUAAAUUUACUUAAAAACAAAUUAAUGGAGCACGCAGUGAAAGCUGGCUUCAAAUUCAAGAAUUUGUUUUAAAUUUCAUCAAGUGUGAAAUGCAAGUGAAUAGCAAGUUCAUAUAAGCUGCAAAAGCUUAGUUUCUGGCAGCCUUGUGCAAAGGCUCACUUUUAGUCUAUUGUAAAUUGUUAUGUAAUGGACAUACUCUGGAGUUUUCACGUAUUCAAAUAGCCGCACUUAAUGUUUUAAGUUAAGUUUCAAGACCUCAGAUGGCUUUAAGAGGCAACCCUGAGAAAACUCUUGAUUUCUUUUUUUACCAAUUUUGAAGAUUUUACAGCCAACCUAAAACGUUACCCUGUUCAGGAAAGCACUUAAAUCCAUUUGAUUUUCCAGAGCAUAUCAAGCACGUGCUUACAUUCCAUAUAUUUCAAGGAAUGUAAAUAUAUGCUUUAAGUUAUCUUAUUUGCAUACAUGAGUGAUUUUUAUGCUUCAAGUUGGGACCAGUAGCUUGUGCAACUGCCCAAGUUUUGCAGAAGUUUGAAAUGCUCUGAUAUUUUUGGCACCUGCUACUCAACCAGGUUUCCUGCAGCCAGGUUGAUGCUGUUGGACUUGGCUACAGCUUCAGACUCUCCAUUUUUUUUUUCCUCCUUAAAUUGUGUACCUCAGUUCCUCAUGCAUGGGAUCACUGGUGUUUAUUGAACUAUUUGCUACUGAGAAGAUAUUUGACAUGUUUGUUUAAUCCUGUUUGAAAAUGAAAACUGCCUUUAAAAAUUUUGUAAAACUGAAAGCUGUGUCAAACAAGUCAUGAAUCACUUCCUGCUUUUUUUGUUAGUAGGUGUUAGUUACAAACAGUACUGUUGUAACUUUUUUUCUUUACUUAAAAACAUUGUUUACUACUGUGUGUAAUAAGUUUAAGGAAGAAAUAACCUGCCUGUAGCUGUUACAUGGGGAAUAGCUAAUACUGGAAAGGCAGCAGGUAAGUAAUGUUCCAUUGAGUAGAUAUAUUAAAUUUUAAAAUAAAAAAGUAACUUUACAAGCAUUUUAUGCAGGAAUUGAUAUUUUACUCCACAUUGAAAUAGUUUUAAGGAGACUGUUGCUCUUUUUACAUAGAGUGUAAUUUCUCACUCACAUACGGAUUUCCAUUGCUGGCAAUGGAAAUAGCAGGGAGGGAAUAGCAGGGGGUAAAUAACAUAAGUUAAACUGAAUAAUCAUUGUGACUUGAGAGAUGAGAUCCCUGUAUGAAGCCCAUUAUUUCUGCCUGUUCUCCAAAUACUUAAUUUUAACUGAUAAAUGUACUGUGUUGCAAUUUAGAUAAUAUUCUCUUGAGUGAGUGUCCUUUGUUAUAUUUUUCUUUUUAUAAAACAAAAAAGAAAUGUACAGAAAAAAAAUCCAAAGACCCUGAUAGACACCAAAAAGAAAUAUGCGUGAUGUUCAUCAUGUAUAACUGGAUCUGUAGUAGAAUUUUUACCAAGUUUUGGUUUAUUAAAUGUUCCUGGCAAUUUCCUGUACCUGCUCAGGAAAUGGCAGUUUAGAAAAUAAUUGACUGGUGAUGAUGCCCGUGAUGGCUACUGCUCUUGAUAUUCAUUCAGUUCUAAUCCAUCUCCUUUUGCUGAUGAAAAGAUGAAAUAGUCUGUGAGGAAAUACUUUAUUUCUUUCAAACGUUGAUUUUAUAAGUAACAUUGAAAAUAUUAUGUUAAGGCUGUGUCCUUUAUCUUGAAAGACAAAACCAACAAGUAGUGACUUAGGAGUGGUGGUGCUUUAGCAACAGUUGUUGUUUUAUUGGUGAUUUGUUUUUUAGACGUAGAGAGUGAUUUUUUUUUAAAGUAAAAUUUUUAUUGGACUAUAGGUUUUGACAGGUCAAAAGUACUUCAGAAGAAGAACAUAGCAUUUUGGAAACUGUACAGUCUUUUUUUCCUCAUUCCCUUUUUACUUUCUGUGCCAAUAACUUUUGUUCUGAUUACAUUUUGAAAAAUGUUUGUCAGAACUUCAAAUUUUUAUUUACAGUGUGGCUUAUAAGCUUGGAUAGCUGUUGUUUUUGUGUUAAACAAAAUAUUUUUAUUAAAUUUAGACAUUAGCUUUUUUUUUUUUUUUUGUGGACUGAGUAUGUUCUGGUUUUGUUCCUCUGAAAUUGGUGAGGCUUAGUUUUUCUAACUGUAUUUUUUUACCUGAUUGUUUAGUUGCAUACCCAAACCCUUGUACAUGUUUUCCUAGUUAUAUGUGGAUAAUUGGAGAUUUAAAUGUUGUAUAUACUUGUCAUCUGUGUUUCUAGUAAAAUACAUGGCAUUCUUUAUAGAAA